GGUCAUUUCAUCAUGAGAGCUUUGAUCGCCUGUGCUUUACUUGUUGUAGCUUCCGCCCAGCUUUUCCCCUGGUGGAACGGAGGAUCCAGUGACAGACAUAAUGGUUACUACUUUCAAUACCACUCCAGACACAACGUGAUGGUUGUUAGAGACAACAAGAACUGUUACUUGUUUAAAGGAAGUGCUGAUGUUGUCCACAAAUACCACGAUAAAUCCUCUCGAGAUGCUCUUGAAGCGCAGGUAAUGCCAUAUUUGGAAGGCCGAGAGAGAGACCGACAUGCCGGCUACACAUUUGAGUAUUUCAGUACAGCUCAUGUUUUGUUAAUCCGAGAUGUCUAUUUCUGUUAUUUAUUACAUACCACCUAUGAAAUUGAGAAAAGAUUUUACAAUAUACAAACAAGGAGUACCUUGGAGGAUAAUCUGAUCAAACAGAUUAAAGACCGUCAAAAUAUGUUUUUAAAGACGGAAGGUGGUGUUCUGAGAGCAUUCAAAGACAUCGACGUCGAUCUAGAAUGUAGACAUAGAACGAUCUAUGAGUUAGUCUAUCAACCUUAG